UCUCAUGUCUGUGAUGAAAGGUUAACCCGUUAUGAGACUUGAGUCCGACAUCGGUUAAAUGGGGACUGAUGUAGGACUUAUAUAGCGUUGAGCUCUCCCAUUUCAAGAGCUAGCUUUUGUAGUGUGGUUCUCCCGAGGUUGUAUCGUAACCUUUCAUAAUACGAGUAAUUUGUUGACUUUGUGGGGGCAGCUAGCUGUGCCUGUCAUUGAUAGAUAUAAUUGUAGUGGGACCAAAUCUCGAAGAGGGAUUUGAAGUUAAAGUUCUCUUUUUGAUUUUAAUUCGUGAAGUUGAUCACAUGGUAGUUUCUCUGGCAAUGAUGCAGCGAAUUCUCCUAUGUUUUCUGGUUGUUUUGAUCCAGGUUCUGGCAAUAACAGCUUGGACUAAUCCUGUUGAUACUGCUGCUUUAAAGUCUCUCUGGGUUUACUGGCAAUAUGUUCCUUCCAAUUGGACUGGAGCGGAUCCCUGCGGGAGUAGUUGGGAAGGAAUCGGAUGCAAAAAUUCACGAGUGAUUUCUAUACAAUUGUCAAGUAUGGGUUUGAACGGUCAGCUAUCCGAAGACAUCCAAGGAUUAUCUGAAUUGGAGACUUUGGAUCUAUCAUACAACAAAGAUUUGACAGGAGAUCUUCCUCAGUCGAUUGAAAAAUUGACAAAGCUAUCAAAGUUGAUCCUUGUUGGUUGUGCAUUUUCUGGACCAAUACCAGACUCCAUAGGAUCUCUGACCCAGCUGUUUUUUCUAUCUUUGAACUCCAACAAAUUUACUGGAGGAAUACCUGCUACCAUUGGCUAUCUGACAGCUUUUUGGCUGGAUUUAUCUGACAAUCAGAUUGAAGGAAAAAUUCCAGUGUCUAGUGGGAGCAACCCUGGUCUUGAUAUGCUUGUUAACACUAAACGCUUUCACUUUGGGAAGAAUCAGCUAUCCGGUGAAAUUCCAGCUCGUCUUUUCCAUUCUAAUAUGACUCUGACACAUCUGCUAGUUGAUUACAACAGGUUUACUGGGGAAAUCCCGGAUACAUUAGGACUAGUCCAGACUAUGGAAGUGCUUCGUCUUGACAGAAAUUCAUUCAGUGGAUCUGUGCCACAAAAUCUCAACAAUCUCACACGUGUCAAUACACUCCAAAUAUCAAACAACAAUUUGAAUGGCCUUUUGCCGAAUCUCACUGGCAUGAAUGCCCUCAACUACUUGGACAUGAGCAGGAAUUCAUUUAAUGCAUCAGAUUUUCCAUCAUGGAUUCCAAGCCUGCAAUCAUUAACAACAUUGGUAAUGGAAGACACAGGACUUCAGGCAUCAGUUCCAGCUAAGCUUUUCAGCCUUCAUCAGUUGCAGACAGUCAUCUUGAGGAAUAACAAACUCAACGGCUCACUUGAAAUUGGAACCACAUAUAGCAACCAGUUGCAGCUCAUUGAUGUGCAAAAUAAUCUUAUCGAAUCAUUUCCUCAAAGACCAGGAUAUCCCUUUCAGAUAAUGCUUGCAGGCAAUCCUUUCUGCAAGAAAAGAGGAGAAGGGACAGAAACUUACUGCAUCGAAACUCAACAACCUGAGACAUAUUCAACCCCCCCAGAUAAUUGCUUGCCGACUGAGUGCAGCUCUAAUCAAGUUUCUAGUCCUACCUGUAAAUGUGCUUUUCCAUUUAAAGGCAAUCUAGUCUUCAGAGUUAUUUCCUUUUCAAACUUGGGAAAUCGAACUACUUAUGAGACUCUCCAAAAGUCUUUGAUGCUUUUCUUCCAAAAAUGUCAACUUCCUGUGGAAUCAGUUUCCCUCCGUAACCCGAGAAAAGACUUAGAUGACAGACUUGUAAUACACCUGCAAGUUUUUCCUUCUGGCCAAGAUUCUUUCAAUGCAACUGGAGUUUCCGAAAUAAGUUUUGUGCUUAGUAAUCAGACUUUCAGGCCCCCGUCGUCAUUUGGACCUUAUUUCUUCAUUGGUGAAGGCUAUAAAUAUUUCCACGGGGCAUCCACCGGAUCAAAAAAGUCAAGUAGUACAGGCAUUAUCAUUGGAGCCACAGUUGGUGGUUCUGUCCUUGCAAUUUUAGCACUAAUCGUUGGUAUUUAUGCUUUCCGGCAAAAGAAAAGAGCUGAAGAUGCUGCUAAGAGGAGUGAUCCUUUUGCAUCUUGGGACUCAAAUAAACAUAGAGGUGCUGUUCCACAUUUGACUGGAGCUAGAUUUUUCUCAUUCGAAGAGCUCAAAAAAUGGACCAAUAAUUUUUCAGAAACCAAUAAUAUUGGUUGUGGUGGUUAUGGAAAGGUUUAUAGAGGAACUCUUCCAAAUGGAGAAUUGGUUGCAAUUAAAAGAGCUCUACAAGGGUCUAUGCAGGGUGCACAUGAGUUCAAAACUGAGAUAGAGCUUCUCUCAAGGGUUCAUCACAAGAAUGUCGUUGGGCUUACUGGCUUUUGCUUCGAUCAAGCUGAACAGAUGCUGGUAUAUGAGUAUAUUCCUAAUGGCACCUUAAAAGACGGUCUUUCAGGCAAGACGGGGAUCAGGUUAGAUUGGACUAGGAGACUAAGGAUAGCCGUUGGAGCAGCCAAAGGUUUGCAGUAUUUGCAUGACCUUGUCGAUCCACCCAUCAUACACAGGGACAUCAAGUCCAACAAUAUUUUGCUGGAUGAUCACCUAGACGCAAAAGUUUCUGAUUUUGGCUUGUCCAAGCUUCGAGGUGAAAGGAGUUACAUUACCACUCAAGUCAAAGGAACAAUGGGAUACAUGGAUCCUGAAUAUUACAUGACAAACCAGCUGACAGAGAAGAGUGAUGUUUUUAGCUUUGGAAUUGUGCUGCUUGAGAUGGUUACCGGAAAAAAACCUAUUGAUAAAGGAAACUAUAUUGUCAUGGAAGUGAAGAAUGCAAUGGACAAGACCAGAGACAUGUAUAACCUUCAUGAGAUUUUGGAUCCUGCAGUUCACUUGGGUGCAAUUCCUAUAAGCGUAGAGAAGCUUGUUGAUCUAGCACUCAAGUGUGUCGAAGAAAAAGGAGUCAAUCGACCUAAAAUGAGUGAAGUGGUGAAAGAGAUUGAAAAUAUCAUGGAGAUGGCAGGACUGAACCCGGAUGCAGACUCUGCAUCUACUUCCGCAACAUAUGAAGGAGCAAACAAAGGCUUGAACCAUACUUAUACUGAUGAAAGCCUCUUUGUCUACAGUGAAGCAUAAUUCUUUCAUCUUGUAUUCUUUCAAUGGCAUUACAAAAAAGCACAAAUGAACGAAAAAUAGGAAGCUAGUCAGUACAGAGUUGGUCACUUGUACUUGAAUUAGAAGUAAAAUUUGCCAUCCAUUUUA